AUGGCUGGCCGAGGUCGUGGAAGAGGCAGGGGUCUGUCUAUAAAUAUAGAAGCCCUGGGUCUUGGCAGGGAAGAAAUUCUGCCAGCAGUUGCUCAGCCGCCUCCAUUAUAUCCUCCUUUACAGUUCAAACCAGUUCCAUUGCCACAGAGCAGCGACCUUGAUUAUAUGUUAGCACUGAAGCAGGAGCUUCGUGAAUCAUUCCACAAGUCACCAUUCUACAUCAAAGCACCAAAGAAGGUUAAAGACAUUGAGCGAUACUCGGACAAAUACCAGCCUGGUUUGAAUGAUAGUGGGUCAGCGUUUGUGCCAGACUGGACUAGAUUACCCCAUGAGCUGAGAGAGGUUCCAAGGAAACGAGUGAAAGUUAACAGAGCAGCAGCAGCUACUACUAAAGUAGCCAGACCAGCUGACAAUGAGGAUGUUUCCAAACUGUUGGAAAAACUGGAACAGACUGAUACAACAUUAGAAAAUACUGAGAAUGCAGAGGCAAAAGAAGAAGGAGACGAUGAAGAAAAGAAAGGUGAAGAUGGGGAAGGUGACGAGGAAGAAGAAUAUGACGAAGAGGAUGCAGAAGAGGAAACAGAUUACAACCAAGCCUAUUUCGACAAUGGAGAAGAAUAUGGGGAUGAUGAUGAAGAUGAUGAUGAGGGUCCUACCUACUGA